AUCUUGAACGUCAACAAUGUAGGUAGGGAAGGAUGAACUCGUGGCUCAAAUACCUUUGGGAAACAAGGCCUACAUCUAUUAUAGUUUCGGGAAUCGUCACAUCAGCAGUUGCCUAUGGGAUCUACAAAUUAAUCAAAUUCUUGCAAGAAUCAGAAUGCAACCAAGAGCCCGACGAAUACUUCCGAAAAGUUAAAAAUGUAACUCGUUCGGAGCGUCCGAGGACACGAGUACUUGUGGUCGGGUUGGAUGGGAGCGGGAAAACCGCAUUCGUGGAGUGUUUAAGUAAGGGAAAAGAAGAGAAUGUAAUGCCGCGACCAACUGUCGGCUUCAACGUCAAGUCUGUCACCAUAGGGAACGUCAUGUUCGACAUUUGGGAUGUUGGAGGAUCAGAAAUGUGUAGAUCUUAUUGGAAAGAAUUUGUAAAAGGGAUCCAUGUAAUGGUUUGGGUGGUGGAUUCAACGGCAAACGAGGCGAGGUUGGAAGAGAAUGCUAACGAACUGAGGAAAUUUCUAAAGCUGGAGGCCGCUAGUAACAUUCCCAUUCUUUUUGUUGCAAGUAAACAGGAUCGAGAAAAUGCCCUUCCCCCAGAAGAAGUUAUGCAGCAGAUACAAGCAUAUGCAACUGCUGGGGCCAGCCGGAAGUGCGCCGUUGUUGGAACCGAGGUAAUCCCAGGUGGAAGGCGGAAGGGGAUAUGGGAUUCGUAUCAGCAUCUUGUUUCCUUUACUUCAUAGCAUCACAGGAAAUUACUGUUUUGAAAAAAUAACUCAUUUGUAUGAUUGUAGAUCAUAUUUUAUAUUGCUAUAAUAAGAAUAUCAGAGAUUUAUAACAUUGAGCUUUUAUAUACGGCGGUUUAGAGUCGGUGGAUUUUUAUACAUUGUAGACGUUUUGUGAUACUAAUGCAUCUUUUAAAAGAAAUACUUUUCGUUGUUUUAUAAUACUUUUAUUGGUAUUUUUACGUGUAGAGUUUUAUUGUAUAGCU